AAGGGACACCGUCGUGACCGUACUGAUUGAUAGGGCUAAUGACUGGAUUUUUGAGAAAUGGCAAAUUUUAAUCUGGCCGAGCAAGUACAGGUGCUCUGGAUGCAUCAACAAUUACCAGAAUGAUGUGAACAGAAUUGUGUGUGUCGCUUUUAAAAAAACUGAAGAGGAUGAGAAAUAACCCUGAUGAUGCUAGUCCAACCAUUUUCUCUAUAAUGGCGUUUGGCAUCUAUAAGAGGAGACUGGAAAAAUGAGUCAAUUACAGUUUGGUUAUAAUGGAGGUGAUUAUGGAUCUGAGUUUGAAUUUGAUGAAGAUCAGGAUAGGAGAAAGAGAGCUAGAUACGAUCUAGCUACCAAAAGCAGGCCAUCUGCAGCAGCUGUGCCAUCCAAACGUCUAGUCCAAACGGAAUACAGCAGGGAGGAGGGUAAGGCCCAACGCUUUCACUUCCUGGCACUGAAUGCUUAUGGACGUCACAAAGAGCUGGUGAACAAUUACCUCUUAUAUUACCCAGGUGCCAAAGAACAGCUUUUCAAGAGAAACACUGUCAAUGACAAGACUGAUUUGGAUGUGAUUAGGGAGAAUCAUCAAUUCUUGUGGGAACCCAAAGAUGAAGUUGAGACCAGCUGGGCCAAGAGGCUUGCCAAGCGCUACUGGGAUAAACUCUUUAAGGAAUACUGCAUUGCAGACCUCAGCAGAUACAAAGAAAACAAGAUUGCACUUCGAUGGAGAGUUGAGAAAGAGGUUGUGGAGGGCAAAGGUCAUUUCAGUUGUGGUAACAAGCGCUGCACUGAGUGUGAAGGUCUACGAAGUUGGGAGGUCAACUUUGCGUACGUUGAACACGGAGAUAAGAAGAAUGCACUUGUUAAACUAAGAUUGUGUCCGGAGUGUUCCUACAAGCUCAAUUACCACCAUAAGCGCCGUGAUGUGACACGGCAACCAACCAAAAGACCAUCCAGCAGGGAGGUAAGAGAAAACUCACCCAAAGGGAAGAGAUCCAAGAGGAAAUCCAAACAGAAGGAGAAGCACAAACACAAGAAACCUCAUAAGAAGAAGAGGAAGGAAUCAUCAUCUUCAUCGUCAUCCGAGGAGGAAGAUGAUGGAGAACCAUCAGGGAGGAAAGCUCAAGAUGAAGCAGGGAGCAGUGAUGUGUCUGACAGCAAGUUCUGGAGUGGGCCUGCACCCAUUGUAGAAGACAAGUCAAGGGAGGAAGAAUUUGAGGACUAUUUCCAAGACAUGUUCCUUUGAACUCCCUGUGAGUUGCACUUCCUCCAGUCGUAAAAGGGGCCAAGACCAACCUGUGUUUACCCUGGCUGUGUUGGUACUCAUUGUGCAGUAUAUGGACAUUGAUUUAGAACCAUUCACCAUGGACUACAUAUGAAAGUAAAUAUACCAAAAAAACAGCCAUUGUCCGUGCAUGGUGGCCAUUGACAGUUAACCUUUGAUGAUCCAAGAAAGUUGUUGAAUCUGGACUAGACUUGCAGCACAAUUUGGGUCUAACUAUUGGGAACACAAAAUUUUUGGGGGGUGUCUUAUGAGGGACAGCCUACUUUUUGGUAGUUAUUAUAUGUUUAUGUAUAUGAAACUGAAAUUAUUGGGGAAGUGUAGGGGACACUCACGUCAAGUGAGGGGUACAUAUCCCCUAUCCUGUAGUUUCACUGAUUAGACAGACUUUUAUUUACUUUUUAUGAAAUGCUGCUCAAUUGGCAGUUUGUUCUUUCUCAAAUAUAUGUGGGUCAUUGGACCAGGUUGGGACAGAAAGUAUCAUGACAAUUGUGAUUCUCAUCAUUGGCUCUAUUAAUUUAAGUUCUUUAAAAAAAAUGAUUACAGUCAAAACUACCUUUGUCAAAAGAGAUGCCAUCUCAAUUGUUAUGUUUUUCAUUGAAAUGGUAUUUAACAUAAGCCAGAACUGUUUGCCUAAUAGAUUAGUACACUGCCUUUGCUACGCCGCUGUUAGUAAGCAACAACUUUGCAAAACGAGCGCACACGGAAAGUAAGUACAUAAUAAAGUCAAACAAUCUGUAAAUUUUUUUGCCUGAAGUGCUGUCUUUAUUUUAAACAAACAAAUUUUUGCAGAGUUUUGCCCAUUUUUCAUAAACCGUUCAUCCAAGUUUUUCAAUACUACAGAAUGCCUUCAGACACCUAUUAAGAAUACUAUCUCAGGAGUUAUCUACAGAACCAGUCUACAGAGCCAAUUUUUUUGGGGGGGCUAGACCUUCGCACAUGGCAUCACCUUUUAACUUUGGUUAAUGCUCUUUCACACUGAGAGUAAACAAAAUGAAACCCUAUGUACAUGUACAGCACAUUUUCAAGUAUUUGGCAUGCAAUAGCCAAUGUAAUAGAUCUUGGUGAAAGCAAGGGUCUAUCAGAGUUGAACAAAUUUGUUAGGUAAUUCUUGAAGGUUGGCAUGAUGGAUCUACGAUAGAUAGGAGGUUUGCGGAUACACCACAUGGAUUAUCUCUUUUGUGUUCUGAAAAGAACAGGUACUCACACAUAGAAAAGAGAAAAUCCACAUGGUGUCUCCGCAAACCUCCAACCUAACAUAUCUGUUGAUUCAUUAUGAAAGAAAAAGAUCCUGAACUCAAAAUUUGAGUCCCAAUUUGAUGUCGCAAUUGACUCUGUUUUGCUACGAAGUUGCAUUGCAUAACUUUGCAUGAGAAGACUGAAGAUCUACCACACUCAAAUGUAUGUUCAGAGUACUUAAUACAUGGCACACUAUAACAAUCAUGCCAGACAAAAUGCAGUGGCGUCAAAUUUUGAAUCCAAUAACAGUUCACAAAACAUUAGCUUGUUGAAUGUAUGUGAUAUUACAAUGGUCUGACUAUUGGUAACAAAAGGUGUAUAAGUACCUUAAUUGCUCAAAAACUAAUAGUAAUAAUAUAGCUCCUGUCUUCUCCUUUAAUGAAACACGGUGUCUUGUCUGGAUAAACUCAUUGGCAACAUGACAGGAUGUUGGAGUAGAUCCUUCGUCAUGUCAUGUUCGAUUGCAAGGCUGCAUAGGUGAGUCAGUCGGCCAUUGCCCAUGGUAGCACACACAUAAGUCUUCACCCUUUUCAUUAUGGUAGAAACUUCUCUCCUCUGUUGCUGAUGUAAAAGGAAUGGUACAUACCAGUUGGAAGAAGCAGAGUAGGUGAGGGAAUGUUGAUUUUGAUGUAUACAGACGUUCCAUAGUGGACUUGAACUCUCUUGUGCCCGAGGAAUUUGUAUUCUGUUAGAUGAAUGUUUUAAAGUUGGUAACUGCACUGCACUCGAUCAUAGAGGAUGCUGAAGUCAUUGUGGCAAGUUGAAGUUGUACUGACUCAUGAUUGGCUGAAAUAGAAUGGGCAGCGUUGUGU